CUGUCAUCUUGGGUGUUGAGUUGAUGAUGAUGUGUAUUUCAACUACUGUAGAAGCAGAUUUCUAGUUAAAACUGCUCAUGUGGUGAUUAAACUGACAUUCUUUUCUUAGUGUGGUUGCAUCAUCGGGAUUCACAGUGAACCCGCGGGCUGCUGCCCCGGACUCGCGGCGGGCGCGCCAUGGUGGACGAGCUCCUCGGGAGGGGGCGAUGUUCCAGCUGAUGGCGGCGGUUGCCUUGCGCUAUGCGGGCGGCAGGCUCCUGAGCGGCUGGACGCCUCUGCUGUGCCUGCUGGGGGGCUCGCUGCUGGCACUGCUCCUUCCCUUGGCCGGAGUGGAGGAGCACUGCCGCGCCACGCUUAAGGGGUUGUCCUUCCUGAGGUGCCACCUGUGGGGAAAUGACUGGCGAUCCGCUGUGCACUCCACCAGCCUCACCGUCCCCUACACGGGCCAGGACCUUUUGCCCUACAAGCCCAAGCCCAGCACAGAGCUCCAGUUCGAAGCCAAAGCAGCUCUUCAGCAGGCCGUUGAGAUGAAGAGACAGGGGAAGAGAGACAAAGCACACAAGCUCUUGGUGCAUGCACUCAACAUGGACCCUGACUUUGUAGAAGCUCUGACUGAGCUGGGGGCCAUCCUGGAAGAGGACAAGGAUGUCAUCCAGGCUGACCACCUCUACUCUAAAGCCUUAGCCAUCUCCCCCUGCAAUGAGAAGGCCCUGGUCAAUCGGGACCGGACCCUGCCUCUGGUGGAGGAGAUUGACCAGCGCCACUUCAGCAUCAUUGACAGCAAGGUGCGUAAGCUCAUGUCCAUCCCCAAGGGCAACACAGCCCUACGUAGGGUGAUGGAGGAGACGUAUUACCACCACAUCUACCACACCGUGGCCAUCGAGGGCAACACGUUAACCUUGUCGGAGAUCAGACACAUCAUCGAGACCCGGUACGCCGUGCCGGGGAAAAGCCUGCUGGAGCAGAACGAGGUGAUCGGAGUGGACGCCGCCAUGAAGUACAUCAACACCACGCUGCUGUCUCGGAUCGGCUCGUUCGCCAUCGCCGACAUCCUGGAGAUCCACAGGAGGGUCCUGGGCCACGUGGAUCCUGUGGAAGGCGGCAGGCUGAGGGUGAACCAGGUGUUCGUGGGGCAUCACCUCCCCCCUCAGCCCCAGGACCUGGACAGGCACAUGCUGGAGCUGGUGCAGUGGCUCAACUCGGAGGAAGCCAUGAAUCUUCACCCUGUGGAGUUCGCCGCCCUUGCUCACUACAAGCUAGUCUACAUUCACCCCUUCGUGGACGGCAACGGGCGCACCUCCCGCCUGCUCAUGAACUUGAUCCUCAUGCAGGCCGGGUACCCGCCCAUCACCAUCCGCAAGGAGCAGCGGGCCGAGUACUACAGCACUCUGGACGCGGCCAACGAGGGCGACGUGCGCCCCUUCAUCCGCUUCAUCGCCAAGUGCACGGAGAUCACCCUGGACACUCUGCUCAUUGCCACCACCGAACACGCGGUGGGCCUGCCAGCCUCCAGCCACCAGACCUGUUCAGACUGCAAGCAAACCCUCCCGGUCAAGAACUGACACUUCACACGGCCAGAUCCGUAUCGGCAUGCCAGCCAGUUGGCGCCUGUGAUUGUUUCUGGCGCCUGUUUUGAUACCGGCAUGCAACUACUCUCCUUCGAGGAAGAACCUUGGGCAAAUGUUACAGUAGAAACUUGCCAAAAUAACCAAUUCUCAUUUUUUCCAGGAUGUACAGGAGCCCUUCAGCCGUUGUGUUAAGGUGUCAACAUGAACAUAGGCGUUCGAAAAUCUAUAGGUUAAAUUCUAUUCAGUGCUGGCACGUUGUAAGAUUGUGUGAACUAGUUGCUGUGUAUUUGACGUUCAUUCACAAGAGGAAUAUUUAUUUUUUGGAUUACCAUCCAAAAUGGAUAAAAUGCUUUGUGAAAAGUAUUAAAAGGAAGAAGAAAUCGUGGAGUAACUAAGCUGUUUGAGAGUCUGAUUAUUAUCUUGACAAACUUACCACAGAGACUAGGACCACCGUAGUUUGAAGAAAGAUGUGGGAUUUCUUCAACUUCACUUGAAUAAUCUUAUUCAUAGUCUGCCUGUUUUUCUCUAAGGCAAUCUCAGUACUGCUCCUAAAAGUACAAAUUGGAUGUUUAUCAGAAUAAGUGGAUAGGAAGCCACAUCCAUUUGUUGUAUUUGUAAAAAAAAUUAAUUUAAUUUUUGUUGAACAGUUGGCACAGCCAACUACAGCUAUCGUGGCUUGGUGCCAUAUCUCAAGCAACUACAUUUCCUAUGGUUUCAAAGCCUUUUAUCACUUACUGGUGUAAACAGCUGAAGGACUGUUGUAGCAAUAUGUUGCUAGUUAGACUCUGUGAUCCUGCCCCAUAGUUACAAAUACCGAUAGGAGUUUUAUUGGUUACCACAUGCAGAUAGAAUACUCCUAAUUAUUAAAACAGCUGCAAGAAGAAGGAGACGAAUUAAAGUAAUAUGACUUUGUUAUAGUGCACCACUUGAUUUUUUCACCUGAAAAUUCCUCCCUUGUACAUAUUUCUAUACUUGUAUACACUUUCCCUUGUACCACAGGCUAUAGACCCAUAACUUGCUGAUACACUGAAGCAUUUUGCCUCAGUUGUCCAUACUAAAGGUGGUACUGUCUCAGACUCUCCCCUUGAGUGGAUUAUAUGAACAUGGUUUGACUGUGAUUAAAUAUCCAUUUUACAAAAAUAGUACAGCACAUGAGAUUCAUUGUGAAGUUCUCACUGAAGGCUUACAGUAUUCUAGAAGGUUCUUACACCUCAUGUUGUUAUAGUUGUUUAAAAUAAUUAUAAUUCUAGUUUUCCUUGCCUGCUGUGGUAACACUGACUUGCACUUUCAUAACUAUUUAAAAAAGUUAUUUAUUUUAUUAUACAAUAAAAUUAUUUUAUUAUACAUAA